AUGAUCAGAUUUGAAGAUGCUUCCAUAGGGACUGUAUGGGUGACUUGUGUGCUUGCGGUGGGCCUGUAUUUCCUUCGAUCGAGACUCCUGGGCUACCAAUUUGAUGGGUUUCCCAGUGUCAAUCCUCGAAAGCCCUGGGAAGUCGUCAAUGUCUUCGCGCACAGGAGGUUCCAGCAAAAUGGUCCCGAGUAUCUGCAAGCUGGGUUUGCAAAGGUCUGUUCUAUCCAGGCAACUGCAUCAUGGCGCGAGUGGAAACUAAAGGCAUCACAGUCGCCCAUCUUCGGCGUGGUCACCGACCUGGGGCCCAAACUAGUGGUGUCCGGGGCCUUCAUCGAGGAAUUCAGGGAUGAAAAGCUCUUGGACCAUUACAGGGCGAUGGUCGAGGACUUUAUGGCAGAGGUACCCGGCUUCGAGUCGAUGUUUCUGGGGAACCUUCACAAUACGAUUCUGCGCGAUGUGAUUUCCGUCAUCACGCGAGAACUAGAACAGUUUACGCUUCCUCUCUCGGAUGAAGUGUCUGCGGCUCUGGUAGAUACGUGGUCAGAUUCACCAGACUGGUACCAGGUGACGCUGCUUCCCAGUAUGCUGGGGCUGAUUGCAAAAGUCUCGUCUCUCGUGUUCGUGGGCGAACCGUUGUGCCGUAAUCCAGCCUGGCUGGAGACAGUCGUUAAUUUCACCAUCGUUCGACACCACGCAAUUCUAGCUCUCCACAUGUGCCCUGCUGUGCUUCGACCUGUCCUGCACUGGCUUCUCCCUCCAUGCCAGAAACUCCGUCAGGAGAUCAAGACAGCACGGGGACUGAUCAGUUCAGCUCUGGAAGAAUCGAGAAAGAACCCGCGCCCUGACACAUUCUCCAGCCUCGCCUGGGUCGACGCUUUCGCCAGUGGCAAUAAGUAUGAUGCAGCCAUGGUGCAGCUACGACUGGCGAAUGCGUCCAUCCAUUCCAGCGCCGAUCUCUUGACCAAGGUGCUCAUCAACCUAUGCGAGCAGCCGGGCUUGAUUCAGGACCUACGGGAGGAGGUGAUUUCGGUCCUCGGGGAGAAUGGAUGGCGAGCCUCGACACUGAAUCAACUCAAGCUCCUUGAUAGUGUUCUGAAAGAGAGCCAGCGACUGCAUCCAAUCACCACUGGUACGUUUUCGCGCUUUACCCGGCAGAACAUCAAGCUGGCCAAUGGCACGGAGAUUCCCACGGGAACGCCUGUCAUGGUGACCAACGACGUCGCGGGGGAUGCUUCCAUCUAUCCUCAUCCCGAGGUCUUUGAUGGGUACCGGUACUUGAGAAUGCGUGAAGGAGCCGACAAGAACCGAGCACCGUUCACAACGACGGGCCAAAAUCACCUGGGUUUUGGGUACGGGAAGUAUGCCUGUCCUGGUCGAUUCUUUGCUGCUACCGAGAUCAAGAUAGCGCUGUGCCAUAUGUUGCUGAAGUAUGAAUGGAGGCUAGUGAAGGACAGCCCGCAUGAUGUGCUCACGAGUGGGUUCGCGUCGUACCGUGACCCAAGAGCAAGGAUAGAAGUUCGCAGACGUGCGCCGGUUCUAGAAGAACUUGAAGUAUUGACUCGAAAGAGAAACCAGGGCCAUCGAACACUGUAUAACCUUCCGAACAUCCUUCUGGACAGCAUUUUCUUGACAGCAAAUCCCACCGUCUUACCACCAUCCUCGCUGACACUUUCCGUCCACAACUUGCUUCACUUCCUAUACCGCACUUCUUUCAAAGAAAGAACAGCUGCUACCAUGGACGGGUGGUCGGACAUCUCAUCGGCGCCUCCCGAGUACAGAGAUGUUGCCUGGAUAGCGGAUCGGGCCCUGUUGGCCCAAGGAUUGGGAUGGUCUAUCAACUACCUGGCCAUGAUAUACCAAUCUUACAAGGACCGCACCUACGGCAUGGCCAUCCUGCCACUGUGCUGCAACUUCGCCUGGGAGUUCGUCUACAGCGUCGUCUACCCUUCUCAAAAUCCCGCCGAGAGGGCCGUGCUCACAACAUGGAUGAUCCUGAACCUCUUCCUCAUGUAUACGGCUAUCAAGUUCGCCCCCAACGAAUGGCAGCACGCCCCGCUCGUCCGGCAGUGCCUUCCAUGGAUCUUCCCCGUGGCGAUUGCGGCCUUUACAGCGGGCCACCUGGCACUGGCAGCGACGGUGGGAGUGGGCAAGGCGGCCAACUGGGGCGCCUUUCUGUGCUUUGAGCUGUUGACCGCGGGUGCAGUCUGCCAGCUCAUGAGCCGAGGUUCCAGCCGGGGGGCUUCGUACACGAUCUGGCUUUCGAGAUUCCUGGGUUCGUACAUCGGUGGUAUCUUUCUCCAUGUGCGGGAAACGCAUUGGCCGCAGGAGUUCGGCUGGAUCAGUCACCCUUUCGUCGCCUGGCAUGGUAUCAUGUGUUUCUCCCUGGAUAUUGCCUAUGUGGUUCUUCUUUGGCGCAUUCGUCGGCAGGAGCACCGAAGCCAAUCGCGGAAAGCUCUAUGA